UAUCUGGCCAAUGAAAUACAGGCUUCGUGCAAAGAAAGACAUCUGCAUUAUCUCCAGUCUCGUUCGUCUUAUCUCUGGCUGUCCGAGUCUCUUGACAUAUAUGGAUAUAGACCCGUCGCCCUGCCGCCUGACAGUACGGUCCCAAAAUAAUCUGAGGCAGCACAGCUGAGCCCAGCUGAGCUCCUCCAUGCGCUCCUCCAUGCGCUCCUCAUCGCUCCGUGAGAGGAAGCACCGCCGUGAAAAUCUCUCAUCAGUAAUGACGAAAUUCAGCUAUUCUGAAUACUUAUCUCAGUUCCGUAACGCUGGAGGUAAAUGUAAUAAUGUGCUGUCGCGACUGCGAGGAGGAGAUAGGAGGAGAGGAGACGGUCAGAGCGACGUAACGUCAGAACCGGAGGAUGUUGAGCCGGUGGUGUUUGCCAUCAGGAGAGGGGAUGUGGAUGCUGUUAAUGAUCUGGCAACAUCCGCUCCUCUCAGCCUGCUGAAGGAGAACAAAGAUGGGUGGAUACCUCUGCACGAUGCUGCCUUCUGUGGACAGACGGAGAGCUUGAAGAUCAUACUGAAGGCCCAUCCAGGUUCGGUAGACAAACGUACCUUGCAAGAGCAGACGGCCUUGCUGCUCGCUGUGUCUUGUGAGCACUUGUCAUGUGUGCGGUGUCUCCUUGAGGCCGGCGCUGACCCCGACAUCAGCAGCAAGAACAAAGAAACCCCUUUGUACAAAGCCUGUGAGUUGGAGAAUGUGGACAUGGUGAGCCUCAUCCUGUCCUACGGGGCCACAGUGAACCAGCGGUGUGGUCAGGGCUGGACGGCCCUCCACGAGGCUGUAUCCAGGGACAACACAGACAUCUGUGAGAUGCUAAUAAGAGCAAGGGCCUCAAUCAAUCCACCCAACACCUACAGCAUCACACCGCUCAUUGUAGCAGCCCAGCGAGGACAGAUGAGGGCACUGUCCUACCUCAUUGGGAAAGGUGCAGAUGUGAACAUGCAGACGUGUGACGGUGUCACAGCGCUGCAUGAGGCCUGUAAAAAUGGACACAAGGAAAGCGUGGUAGUGCUGUUGACUAAAAAUGCAGACGCCAACAAACCCACCAACUCAGGACUGCUACCACUGCAUACUGCUGCCCAAUUUGGACACCAUGAGAUUGUGUCCCUGCUCGUCUCAGUGACGAGUCGAGCCAGGCUGCGCCACAGUUGUGUCAGCCCCCUCCACCUGGCAGCAGAGCACAACAGACACACGGUGGCAGCUGUGCUCCUCAAGACAGGUGCAGAUGUAAACGCCACACUGGCCAACAGCCACUCCGUCCAGUACGCUGAUCGACGAGCGACAGCCCUCUACUUUGCGAUUGCCAACGGCAGCACCAAGACAGCAGAGGUGUUGCUGAACGCUGGCGCUAGUCUGAGCCUGGACCCGGUCAGUCCUCUACUGAUGGCUGUACGGCAGGGCUGUGUCAGCACCGUGUCCCUGCUGCUGGAGAGAGGGGCCGAUGUCAACGCCAGAAUACCCUCUUACGCUGCCACAUUCCCCGCUGUUGUUGCACUCUGCAUGAAUAAUUUGCCUCUACUCAAGUGCCUUUUGGACAAUGGCUGCGAUGCCCUCUCCUGUUUUACCUGCACAUACGGCUGUGCUCCUCACCCAACAUCAGGAGGAUCCCACAUAAGAACUGUUGGCAGCAAUUUGCAGAAUGACAGCAUGCUUCCUUUAAACUGCAGUGAGCCGCCAGAAAGAGAAACACAGCAGUUCUGUGAGUGGAUCUCAACAUCAGUUAUGUGUAAAUGGGCCGGACCGAUCGUAGACUUGCUGCUGGAGCAUGUUGCUCAUGUUCAGCUGUGCAGCAAGAUCACUGAGCUGCUGGACAGCCGAGAUGAAUGGCUCGCUGUUAAGAGGAAGUCAUCGUCACCUCGUCCACUGCUGCACCUUUGCAGAUUCAGGAUUCGGACCCAAAUGGGGAGAAACAGACUGAAAUCUCUCACAAAUCUACCUCUGCCAGACAGACUGAUCAGAUACCUGAGCCUGGCUGACUGACUUUAAAAUGAACCUCAGGCAAUAUAGGCAUCAGAGAUGGGACUAAAUUUAUCAUUUUCUUUUUUUAGAUGCAUCUAAUAUCUGUAAAUGCAAUUCUCUAUGUAUAAAAUAUCUAUUUAUAACAUGUGUAACGUGACAAUAAAUUCCUUUAAUCUGUC